AUGUCUUUGCCAUCUGGGCCUCAUACUUUCUCGUUGGUCGUUUUUGGAGGCGGAGUGUUAGACGUGGCGCUUGCAACGGACUUUGUGAUGAUCUCAAAAAAGUUCAUUGCAGAUGGGUUGAAUCCAACAUGCCUUUCGGGAACCAACAUUCACGACAUAACGAGUAUGGUCGGACCGCUUUUGUUUGGCCGAGAUGAUCUGCGGCAAAGAGUCCCGAUCUAUGAAAGCCAAGAGGCCGUUCAGCCAUUCUACCGUCUAGAGUCUCAUGGACUUAAAACACAUAUCAUGCGGUGGAUCACACUUGUUUCAGGCAGCGUACGUCCUGGCGACCGGAUCAUCAUCAUUUUGAUUGGACAUGGCAACUCGGAAAGGGGGGAUAUCACAUUGUCUCUUCAACAUGCGAGGUCGGAGUUUUUAUCCAAAGCUGAGAUGAUUGCCGCCCUCUCGGUGCUACCACCUCAUGUCCGCCUUCUUAUCGUCGACGAGGCUUGCUAUUCUGGAACUUGGGCUACAAUCGCCCCUGAAAUAGGGGGAAAGCGAGAUGUCCUUGUUGAGACAGCAACCACCCUUGGCGAGCAGUCUUGGACGUAUACCUCUGGCUCCGGUCGCAAUAGGUGCUCUUUUUUCGGAGCGGCGUUCGUUGAGGAACUCACUACACAUCCUGAGGGGAGAAUCGACCAGCACCGCAGUCGAAUAGUCGAUGAGAUGCUCCAUGUGGCGCCUGAUCAAGAAACCUCAACACCGCUAGCGAUCCCCUCCACCCGCGCUCUUUUAUCCCACAAUAUCUCGCACUUUGUGCUUUCCCCAAGAAUCGCGACGGCAAUCACGAAUGUGGCUUCUUCACAGGAUCGCCAUGAGACUCUUUUGCGGUCACGGAUCUCUGCUCGGACGUUUUGGAGAAGAUUGCGACGAAAGAGAAACCCUGACUCUCUGAGAGGACCAGUGCAAGCUUUAGCUACAGAUAGCCCGACAAGUGAUUGCAAUAGCACCGACAUGAAAGAAUUUGUUAUAGAGAACUAUCUCAAAGACCUCGGGCCGCUGAAGGCCAGACUUGAUUACAGUACCCUUGCAACUGCGUGCCAGUUAUCCCUUGAAGGCCGUGGGCCUCCGGAUUUUCAAGACCAGGUGAUAGCCACUAUCACCUGGCAAGCAGCCCUACUACAACGAAUUCGUCAAUUGCUAGAACAUCUAGCGAAGCAAGGAUUCAUACAGGAUAUAGUCGACAAGGAGAUAGCCGAUUGUGCACUCACGGACCACCGAGAAGACAUUGCGAUCCCUAUCGCAGAUAUGGUUUGGAAACAUGAAAACCUAUUAUGUCUUCUGGAGCCGCCCAGAAAAGACCAUGUCGGCGUACACUUCAACGACGCAGUAAGCCUGCUGGUCACAAUACUCGCCUAUAAUCAAUUGCUUUUCCCCGACAUGUUCGACCUUGAUCGCGUUGAGGAAGAAGUGGUACGUUUUUGGCUUGAUUGA